AUGGUCCUCGAAGUUGAUGGGUGCCCUCUGUCCCUGAAGAACCCACAGAGCCUUGGAGUGGUGGACUUCGCCAAGGUCUGCAGCUGCAUGGUGGCUGUGGCUCGGAUGGACUGCUGUCGCAGGAGCCACACACAGGUCAUCCCAGACAAGGUGACCAGCAUGGCGAAGGGGACAUUGCCACCUUGCUGGUCCAGAGUGAAUGGCUGGUCGAAGCCCCUCCAUCCCUUCCAGGUGGUGGCUUGGACCGUAUUUCUGAUCUUGGUCUUGGCUACAUUUUGUGUCUUUAUACCCAUGCUGCCCCGUGAGUGGCAGUACAUUACCUACACUGUAUCCUUCUACAAGGUGAUGAGCGGAGUGUUUGUCUUGCAUGGCAUUGUUCAUGUCACUGCAGUGACAAUUGAUCCAGCCGAAACCAGUGUUAGUCUUAAAAUUUACGGAGCACCACGGCCUUCUUUCAACCGCUCCCACCAGGCACACGUUAUCCAAGACCAGUACUGUUGCCUGUGUGAUUCUAUUGUGAGCAUGAAAGCAAAACAUUGUCGUGCAUGCAACAAAUGUGUGUCUGGCUUUGACCAUCAUUGCAAGUGGAUGAACAACUGCGUGGGGAGCAGGAAUUACUGGUGGUUCUUCACUUCCGUGGCCUCCGCCUUCACCGGUGUGCUCUGCGUCAUUGUCAUUGCGAUGUACAUUUUCAUCCAGCACUGGGUCAACCCCGGGGGGCUCCGUGUGGACCCCCACUAUGGAACCAUUGGCAGUCAGGGCACGUGGCUGCUGUUCCUGCCUUUUUUCCCCGUGAGGACAAAGACACCAGUGGUCCUGAGCAUCGAGGUGUUUGUGCUGCUGUUGGCCAUCGUCAGCCUGAUGGUUCUCGGGCACCUGUUCAUUUUCCACAUCUGCCUGC